AUUUCUGAUCUGACUAUGAAAAACCUGCAUUUACUGCAGCAUCUGAACCCCCCCGAGGACGUGAUUGUUCUUUCGAUGGUUGGAUGUGCGCACCAUAUGCUCCAAAAGAGCAUUUGCAUCAUGUUUUACUCUUCCCUCUUGUUUUUUUUCUCUCAGAACUUGUACCAGAACAGGUUUCUCGGGCUUGCAGCUAUGGCCUCUCCAUCUCGCGCAUCUCAGGGCAGGCGGCGGUGUAAGGACCCGAUUCGGCACAGUUUCAACCCCGAGCAGUUUCCCAAUGUGGACUUCCAGAACGGCAUACCGGAGGAGCUGGCGGCGGCUGUGCUGCGCUCCACCAGCGACACCGACCUUGUGACCUCCCACUGCCGCUCCACCCUCACCGUCAGCACCUCCAGCUACACCAUCGGCCAGACGCAGGACAUCACCCUCAGCUGGGACAUCAAGGAGGAAGUGGACGCCGGCGACUGGAUCGGCAUGUACCUCAUUGAUGAGGUUCUGUCAGAGAACUUUCUGGACUACAAGAACAGAGGUGUGAAUGGCUCCCACAAAGGUCAGAUCGUCUGGAAGAUCGAGGCCAGCUCCUACUUCGUGGAACUGGAGACUAAGAUCAGUUUUAAAUAUUAUCACGGAGUGAGCGGAGCCCUGCGGGCCACAACGCCAUGUGUGACGGUGAAGAACCCCUCCGCACCGGUGUUUAAGCCGGUGGCCACAGAUGACUUACCCCAGAGUCAAGGCAGCAGAAGACUCAUCAGCUUCUCUCUCUCAGAUUUCCAGGCCACUGGGCUAAAGAAAGGCAUGUUCUUUAACCCCGACCCUUACCUGAAGAUCGCCAUCCACCCCGGCAAGCACAGCAUCUUUCCUGCCCUGCCUCACCACGGCCAGGAGAAGAGAUCAGGCAUCGUCUGCAAUACCAUUAAUCCCGUUUGGCAGAGGGAGCGCUUUAACUUUGUGUCUCUGCCCACGGAUGUGUUGGAGAUCGAGGUGAAGGACAAGUUUGCCAAAAGCCGACCCAUCAUAAAGCGUUUCUUGGGCAAGCUGUCCAUGCCAGUGCAAAGAUUACUGGAGAAACAUGCGAUCGGUGAUCGAGUAGUCAGCUAUACUCUGGGUCGGAGGCUACCAACAGAGCAUGUCAGUGGCCAGCUGCAGUUCAGGUUUGAGAUUACAUCCUCCAUCCAUCCAGAUGAUGAGGACAUGUCUUUAAGUACAGAGCAACCAGUGGCACCAGCAGAAGCUCAAGUCCAGCCUCAAGCAGAAGACACCAUGAGUUUGGACCUCGGGGCACCAGAGUUGCCCUUAGAUGAAGAAACGGCUUCUGUAGAGACGCCCAUGGAUGUUGAUUCAGCUGAAGCAGAAGCUGUAGAUGAAGAGCCUUUAGAGGAAGAGCAUCAGACACAUCCAGAGCUGCAGGAGGAAACAGCAGUCGAGAGCAGAGAACAAUUGGAACAAGAAGAGACUAACGUUCAAGCAGAAGGGAUGCCCCAAGAAGAGGCAGAAAAUGAUAGUGCCUUUGCCGAAGGGCCUGCAGAAUCUUCAGGAGAUCUUGCAGGAUCUGAAGAGGAGGCCAUGUUAGAACAGCAACCGGUUUCAGAUGAGCCAGAUGUGGAUCUAGAAGAAGGCUGCUCGCUGAGGAUCAGAACCACCCCGAGAAGGAAACCGCGGCCUUGUUCUCUACCGGUGUCUGAGCUGGAGACGGUCAUCGCUCCGGCCUGCGGUGAACCAGAGACGCCACGCUCCCAUUACAUCCGAAUCCACCACCUGCUGCACAGCCUCCCGUCCACCCAGCCUCAACCAGGAGACGGGGCUGGACCCGAACCCGACCGGCCACAGGGAGUAGAAGAGCAAGAGGAAGACGAGGAGGAGGGCGCGACCCUUGAACCUCACGCUUUAACACCCAACGGCCCUCGCAGGACUCUGCCUCGCAGCCGCUCGCACGAGCGCCUCUCCGACCUCAUCCAGAUGCUCGAUGGAGAUGGACAGCCGCUCGGGGCUGAGGGACAAACCGCAGGUCAAAGGUCACCGGGAGAAAGCGAGUGCGAUUUGAGCCCGGUGCCGUGCUGCAGUCACAUGACACAGAGGGCCUCGGGCCCCGUGCGGGCGCCGUCUCUAGACAGUGCACGUCGGUCAGAGAGCACUGUGUUUUCCUCACAGGAUGAUGAGGAUGAGAUGGACAGAGUGAAUGGCAUUCUGGAAUUGGAAGCGGAGACAGAACAGGGCGCUAAGAGCCGGGAGCCAGGGGACGGGAGCUGUCAGUGGGAGGAGGCACCGGACACUCACGUCCAGAGCCCGCAUGGCAUUAUGGGUAAUGGAGAAUCACCGGUAGCUGGACCAAGCAGCAGAAGAGAAUGUCCUUUGCCUUGUAACCAUCCUGCAGUGAGUCAGCUGCCUGCCCUGCGGCCCGACCCGCAUCACUAUCCCACCAUAGACGAGCCGCUGCCACCGAACUGGGAGGCCCGUAUUGACAGUCACGGCCGUGUGUUUUAUGUGGAUCACAUUAACCGGACCACCACUUGGCAACGGCCAACGUCCGCUGCCACGCCGGAUGGCCUUCGCAGGUCUGGUUCCGUCCAACAGAUGGAGCAGCUCAACAGGAGAUACCAGACCAUCCAGAGGACGAUGGCCACAGAGAGAAGAGACGAGGAGUCAGGCAGCCCACGCAACGAGAGAACAGCCAGCACCGAGACAGACUCGCCUCCACAGACAACCGAGUUGAGGAGAGACACUCCAUGUUCUCCAGGUCACUGUCAGAAGAUCACAUUACUGCUGCAGAGUCCUCGCGUCAAAUUCAUCACUCACCCAGAGUUCUUCACCGUUCUCCACGCAAACUAUGGGGCAUAUCGUAUGUUCACCAACAGCUCGUGUCUGAAACACAUGGUCCUAAAGAUCAGGCGUGAUGCCCGAAACUUUGAGCGUUACCAGCACAACCGUGACCUGGUGACCUUCUUGAACAGGUUUGCUGAUGCUCAGUUGGAGCUGCCUCGUGGCUGGGAGAUCAAAACAGACCCGCAGGGGAAGUCUUUCUUUGUAGACCACAACAGUCGUGCCACAACCUUCAUUGAUCCCAGGAUCCCCCUGCAAAACGGCAGAUUGCCCAACCACCUGACGCACCGCCAGCACCUGCAGAGAUUACGCAGCUACAGCGCAGGAGAGGCAUCUGAGGUGUCACGCACCAGAGGGGUGUCCUUGUUAGCCAGGCCUGGAAACAGCCUGGUAGCAGCCAUACUGAACCAAAGCCAGCAGGAGCCAGUGCCAUUAGCAUACAAUGAUAAGAUUGUAGCGUUUUUACGGCAACCAAACAUCUUUGAGGUGCUACAGGAACGGCAGCCGAGCCUGGCGAGGAAUCACUCGCUCAAGGAAAAGGUGCAUCACAUCCGAACUGAAGGCACACAGAGACUGGAGAAGCUGUGUUGUGAUGCUGACCUGGUCAUGCUAUUAAGUUUGUUUGAAGAGGACAUCAUGUCUUACGUUCCGCUCACAUCAUUUCACCCCGGGUUCAACUUCUCUCCAGCUUGCUCUCCUGGCUCCUCACCUCAAAACUCUCCAGGCUUCCUUGAGCGAACUCCUCUCGUUCCUGCCUGCUGUCUGUCUGGUGAGAGCUCCAGGUCAGCCGCUCUCAGCUUUAAAUCCUGUCCCAACCCAGUUGCCCGUCUCUGUGUCAUCAGCACUUUAACAGACCCCCAAGCUUUGUCCGCCACUUUCCUUGGUGUUUAUUGA